AUGACAAUGUCUUCUUUCACGGAGCCUCACACCAGCAGAUCAACCUCCUUCUUCAUCGACGACAUUCUCCUCAACAAACCUAAACAACUACCUCGCGACUUCACAGCGGUGGCGGGAUUGCGGUCGGCGUUUCCUGAGUACGGGUAUGCGUGUCUACCCGGGACCCCCGCCUUCUACACCCACCCGUUCCUGGCCCACGGGGCAGGGCUUAUCCCCAAGCACCCAGACCACCCAGCCUUUCUCAUCCCGACUUCCAGCGGUCUCCCGUUAACCCCACUGUUCCAACACGACAGCCCAGGAAAACACUGUCGCCGGAGGAAGGCCCGUACUGUGUUCAGUGACCAGCAGCUGAAUGGAUUAGAGAAGAGGUUCGAAGCCCAACGGUAUCUUUCGACACCCGAGAGAAUGGAACUGGCUUCUCAACUCAGUCUGUCAGAGACACAGGUUAAGACGUGGUUUCAAAAUAGAAGAAUGAAACAAAAGAAAUUGCAGCGUAAAACACAAGAUGACAAUGACCCCUCUAACACAAGCGACAAAAACAACCAUUCCGACAGUCAUUCUGACAUAGGCGAUGACCGAUCAGACAGCGGCCAUAUUGAAAGUGAUACACCUAUUACUAGUUACAAGGACUGCGCAUGCUCAGAAAACGAAGACACUGAAGAAAUAAAUGUUGUGGAUACAGAUAUUGAACAUCCUUCUACUUCGGCGUCAUAA